CUGAAUUAAGUGUAUGCACUUUCUUAACUUGGCAUGAAUCUUUUGGACAUGUCCAUUCUCUAUAAAUACUAGGCGUUUACAACUCCACUAUCCUAAACCCAAGUUAGAAUUGCAUUCUCUAACGAUGGCACAAGCAGUGAAGGUAAUUUUUUCUGCAAUGAUUUUGGUGGCGUUUCUGAGUCCAGGGAGGGCUGAGAGCAGAAGAGGUUGGUUGGAGUAUUCUGCUAUAAGUUGCAGGGGUCAUAGUGCUUCACUGGUGGAUUUUGGAGCAGUCGGGGAUGGCAAGACAAUGAAUACGAAGGCAUUUGAGAGAGCAAUGAGUGAACUGAGACAGUACGCUUCUGAGGGAGGAGGAGGAGCUCAGCUGUAUGUUCCUGCUGGGAAAUGGCUCACUGGCAGCUUCAGCCUCAUUAGUCAUUUCACACUCUUUCUCCACAAAGAUGCUGUUCUUCUUGCUUCCCAGGAUAUGAAAGAGUGGCCAGUGAUGGAAGCAUUGCCGUCAUACGGAAGAGGAAGAGAUGCAGCGGCAGGAAGGUAUAGGAGCCUCAUCUUUGGAGCCAAUCUCACUGAUGUCGUUAUCACUGGGGACAAUGGGACCAUAGACGGACAAGGAGCAGACUGGUGGGCGCGGUUUCGUGGGAAGAAGUUGAAGUACACUCGGCCUCACUUGAUCGAGAUUAUGUACUCUCACCAUCUCCAAAUCUCUAAUCUUACCCUUCUUCACUCCCCCUUCUGGAAUCUCCAUCCUGUUUAUAGCAGCAAUAUUAUCAUUCAAGGCCUCACCAUCAUAGCACCUGUCAAUUCACCCAACACUGAUGGCAUCGAUCCAGACUCUUGCACCAACACCAGAAUCGAAGAUUGCUACAUAAUUUCUGGAGAUGACUGUGUGGCUGUUAAGAGUGGAUGGGACGAGUACGGCAUCAAGUUCGGAUGGCCUACCAAACAAUUGAUCAUCAGGCGACUUACGUGUAUUUCUCCUUAUUCCGCCGCCAUUGCCUUGGGAAGCGAGAUGUCUGGAGGCAUCCAAGAUGUGAGAGUCGAAGAUGUUACAGCCAUUAAAACAGAAUCUGGAAUCAAAAUUAAAACAGCUAGAGGAAGAGGCGGGUAUGUGAAGGACGUAUACGUCAAGAGAAUGACCAUGCACACCAUGAAAUGGGCAUUCUUUAUGACUGGUGAUUAUGGUUCCAAUGCAGAUAACAACUUUGAUCCUAAGGCCUUGCCUCUGAUCAAAGGUAUUCAUUAUAGAGAUAUAGUAGCUGAGGAUGUGACCACCGCAGCUCUGUUGAGAGGGAUUUCCGGUGACCCCUUCACCGGAAUCUGCAUGGCCAACGUGACAAUCAGGAUGUCCGCUGGGGCAAAGAAACAUUCAUGGUCAUGCAAGAAUGUUGAAGGAAUGACAAGUGGAGUCACACCCCUACCGUGUCACCUGUUACCUCAUCAGCAGCCGGAGAAACUUUCAGCUUGCAAUUUUCCAGAGAAGAGUCUACCCAUUGAUAACUUGGAGCUCAAGAAAUGCUUCAAUGGGAUGAUACAUGCAUGAGUUAUGAGCAGAUUGUCAAAGUGUAUUAGUAUAUGUAUGCGAUCUAUGUACCGCACUGUUGGCCUGUCUCUCUUGUUAUCCAGGACUAGAAGGCAUUUUCAAGUUGAAACAGUAGAGAUCUUUCAUUGUGCUUGGCCACAUGCUGCUAUUGCAAUGCUAAAUAAAAUUAUUCCAGAUUAUUUUA